CCGCACCAUGUGAAGCGGCGGGGCUGCCCCCCCGCCCCGAGCCGCCCUCUCCCGCACCAUGAGGGACGGGGAUGCGGGGCAGCACCCACGCCGCGCACAGGUAGAGCCCGGGCGGCUCCUCCGCCUCCUGUCCUGCGUGGUCCUUGUGUGCGGGGCGGAGGUCGCGGCUCUCGCCGACUUCUCAGGUUACCUAACGAAGCUCCUGCAGAAUCACACCGCCUAUGCCUGCGACGGGCAGCACCUGAGCCUGCACUGCCCUCGGCACUCAACCAUCAGUGUUCAGUCAGCAUUUUAUGGGCAGGACCCCCACAUGUGCACUGCUUGGGAGCCUGAAACCAGGAUGACAGAACCCAGGAACUGCGUGGCACCCACCUCUUUGCAGAAAGUACUGGAUGAAUGCCAAAACCUGAGAUCCUGCCAACUCCUUGUCAAUAGUCGGGUUUUUGGGCCUGAUCUGUGUCCAGGGACCACUAAAUUCCUCCUUGUCUCCUUUAAAUGCAAACCUACUGAAUACAAAACCAAAUCAGCAUGUGAAAACCAGGAACUGAAGCUCCACUGUCAGGAAUCCAAGUUUCUUAUCAUCUACUCGGCCACCUACGGCAGAUGGGCACACGAGGAGAGCGUCUGCUCAACAAAGGCGGAGCACACACCCCCCUUUGACUGUUUGUCUUACACAGCGCUGGAAGUGUUAUCAAAAAGGUGUUAUGGAAAACAGAGAUGCAAAAUCGUUGUCACUAGCCGGGAUUUUGGAAAUCCUUGCCUACCUGGUGUGACAAAAUACCUAAAUGUCAGCUAUGCAUGUGUUCCUAAAUUUAUCCUCACGGCUGUCAACCCCCUGGUCCCUGAUAACAAGUCUUCUGUCAAACAGAAUGAUGGUGUCGACCUUGAUCCAAGGGAAUCAAGACUUCCAAAGAAAGAUGGAACUAUUGUUAGCUCUAACUACUUGGCUACGUUUGCAUACAUUAGAGAUCACCCUGAAAGAGCCGCUCUCCUGUUUGUGUCCAGCAUUUGUGUGGGAUUAAUCCUCACACUUUGUGCCUUGGUGACUUGCGUGUCGUGUCCUAGUGACAUCCAGAAACUGCACAGGAAGAGGGACCAGCUGGCGCCAGAGAGUGCCAGAGCCUACGAGAGCAGUGCACAGGAGGAGGAGGAGGAGGAAGAGCAGGGGGAGGAUUCCUCCCUUUCAAACACCCAGGAUGAGACGGACGGACUUUACAGACCUUCUUACUCAGGUUAUAACUCAGCAGAGGCAGCGGAACUGGCCGAAAGGAUUGAGCGCAGGGAGCAGAUCAUACAGGAAAUUUGGAUGAACAGUGGUUUGGAUAUGACACCCCCUAGAAAUAUGAAUACAUUUUAUAUUAAUGAACAGUAAAUGGCUUAUUUUGGAUGACACUCUAUCCCUUUAAAAAUAAAAAUGUACCUUCUGUGA